GCUAUGAUGACGUAACGUCUCUCUUGUCUCACGUGACUCUUGUUUCGUCGCUUGUGAAAAUUUUCUGGAAUCGAAAUCCUUGUUUUUCGAGUCGUUGACUGGAUUAGCUAACAUUGUAUAACCUGAUAUGAACAUUGAACGCGUUCAGUCGAAGUUUCUGAGCAGUUAGCUGAGGUAGCGUCUCAGAGAGCGCGUCUAAAGGUGUGUAAGUUUGAGAGAGGGAAAAUUAAUGUUGUUGAGGUCGCAGGAUGCCCCGCCGGAAGCGCACGCUGGAUGAAAGCGGAAGAAGAGCUAAAGUCAGCAGAGUGGAGCACAAUGAGGAGACCCUGGUUAUAUCUGAUUCUGAUCAAGAGGAGGAGGACGAUAGUUCCCUUAAACGGUCCUCUCGGACAUCCCGGAGGAGACGAAGAGAGAACGAGUCCCAACUACAAGAGAUGACGGAAGAAGAGAUGUUGCUCUUGGCCAUGAGACUGAGCGCUCAGGAAGCCAACAGUGCAGCACAGAGACAGAGACAGCUGGAAGACAGCGACAUACAGAAAGCCAUAGAAGAAAGUCUUCAUGAGAGCGCUGUAAACGACUCGCAGGGUCAGGAUGAAGCCGCCAGCUCUUCAGGGCAACCGCAGCAGGAUGUAGCAAACACAGUAUUGCACUUGAGACGAAAGCUGUCUUACCCCAGACCAGAUCCGACACACAGCGAGACUGAGAGGGAAAACACUAGUCCGCUGCUAGAAAUGCCUGAUCUGUCACAGACGACCUCCUCGAGGAGUUCAACGCAGCUCUCCAAGACUCCUGCGACCUCUCAGGACAAAACCUCAGAUAAACUGACAGUCAUCAGCGACACUCCGGAGGAUGAGCUCUUCAAGUCUCGCUCAGAGUCCCAGAUGUCCCCUGUCUUCCCCCUGCAUCGCAGCUUGAUUCGCCAUUCUGUAGUAUGUGUGGAGAAACUGAGUCAGGAACUCAUCCCGGGGAGCGCAGGCCCAAUGAACUUUCACCCCGAGGACACCUGCGCCGACAGGUUUCUGUCCCCACAGAAGGACUCGCCUGUUUCCAAACGGCCUGUCUCCACUCAGGAUCGCUUCAAACCAACAAGCCAUCUGCCAGAGGACAAAGAUGGCCAUCGAGAUGCCAACGGGGAGGAAGACGAUACUCAAAUACCUGAUGAAGAUACUCCUUUAGCAACACAGCUAAGCCAAGGUUUGAGCACAGAUCCAGAUACGUGCCUUUCACCUUCUAGAAGAUCCCAGAUAUCAAGCCCCAAAUGUGUGCCUGAAAACAGCAAUGAAGACAUCACUGAAACGAGUAACAAUCCUGACCAAAAGCAAGUGGAGGAUCAAACCACUCAGGGUGAGAAUGUAAAAUCUGACACUGAAAAAGCUCCAAACCAGUCUUGGAAUGAAUUUACCAGUCACAUGGUCUUGCAUUUAGCAGAUGAGGAUGAUGAUGAAGAAGAAGAGGUUGUCUUUCCAAGCCCAGUCAAGAAGAUUUCAAUCAGGACUGGGCUUUCCCCAAACCAGUCCUGUGUAUCUUCAGCGACCAUCACCCUCGAUUCUUCCACACAAGGCACGCAAAUGUCCCGGUCUGUCCUGGAGGAGGACUCGAGGGCGUCCAAAGGUGCUGAGUCCCAACCCUCUGACCGUAAACCGACACAUACUUCAGUGGGAAAAAAAGGACCAUGCACAAUCUCAUACUACUGGGGAGUGCCUUUCUGUCCCAUGGGGCAAAGCCCGGACGAGUACACGCGUGUGAUCAUGUGUCAGAUGGAGGUGUACGAGAAGAGCCUGAAGGAGGCCCAGCGGAAGCUGCUGCGCAAAGCAGAUUGGGGGCAGCCCGUGUUGCCCGGCUCCUCAGAGAGGCCGUUCGCUGGGAGGAGAUGGAAGCGCAACAGGGCUCCUCAGCUGUCGGAGGAUGAGGAGGACAAUGAAGAAGAAAAGAACAGAAAAGCAGUAGAAGAAGAGAGGGAGGAAGAGAGGCAGGGGUCUGUGGCGGGGUCACAGGAGGAGGCUGAGGGAGGACAGACUGAAACAUACGUAGUUGUGUCUUCUCCAGAGACUAAAGAUGAGCAGGAGAACUAG